AUUAUAAGUAAAUAGCAUAUAAUAGUGACAUUAAGAAUAAAUUAUAAUAACAUAAGCUAGAACUUCAAAAAUUCGUUAUAUUUAAAAUUCGCGCCCCAAAUAUUAAAACAAAUUCGCAACUUUAUACAUAGUAUAUCAUUUGCUCAUAAAUCAAUAGUAAUCUAAAAGUCGAUAUAUCGAUUCUGUUUCUCUAAAUUACAGUUUGAAUUUUUUGUCUUUAGCAUUAAUGACGUGCCGGUGAAUGAAUAAAUAAAUUUUUAAGUUUUGUGCUUGCAAAUUUUGUGUUGUCAUGUUAAGUGUAGAAAAUUGGGAAAGAUUUAGGAGAUAUUCACGAAGAGGAAAUAGAAGAGGAUCGGGGCUGGAAGAUGAACUAAGGAAAGGGCAAGCUGGAGGCAUAGCGAUAGGAGGAAGAAAGGUAUGGUCACUGACAUACGCGGAUGAUAUUGUGUUGAUGGCGGAUAGGGAAGAGGAGCUAAAGGAGAUGCUAAGGAAAGUCAAAAAAUUUCUAAAAGAAGCAGAAUUGGAGCUAAGCACAGAAAAGACAAAAAUAGUAGUAUUUGAAAAAAGAAGGAACAAAAGGAGACAAAGAAGAUGGAAUUGGGGAGAGCAAGAACUAGAAGAAGUGGAGGAGAUAAGAUACCUAGGGUACAUACUACAGAAAAACGGCAGCAAUGAGAAGCACAUACAAGACAGGAAAAGGAGAGCGAUGAUAGCAAAGAAGAAAACAUGGAGCGUGGGAGAAAGAAUAUUCAAACAGGACUACAAGAGGAGAAUGAAGAUGUUUGAAGCAUUAGUAGAGAGCGUGGCGCUGUUUGGAGCAGAGGUAUGGGGCUGAAACGGGAAAGAAACGCUGGACAGGAUAAAAAGAGGGUAUGUAAAAUGGAUCUUAGGUUUAGACAGGACGAUACCAAACUACAUACUGACAGAAGAGUGCAAGAUAGAGGAAAUCAAGGUGAAAGCAUUGAAAAGAGCAGCAAGGUAUGAGGAAAGAACUCUAGAAUUGGAAAAGGAGCUGGUAAAAGAGUGCAUAAAGGAAAGAGAGAGAAACUGGGGAAAUGGCCAGGAAGGGAAAAGAGCAAGGAAGAGAAAGAAAGAACUAGAAGAGGUGAGAAACGGAGGGACACAGAGGGA